AUGACCAACGGCGGCGGUACUAUCGCCGACAUGAUCCGUCAGGAGAAGCGCGGCGCUGCCAUGGCUUCAUUUGCCAUUGGGCCUCUCCUCGGGCCGAUCCUCGGCCCUGUCGCCGGCGGAUAUAUGUCCCAGGACAUCGGCUGGCGCUGGGCCUUUUGGCUCGUGGCGAUUCUCAGUGGCGUCAUCAGCAUUGUCAUGGUGUUGUUUCUCCGAGAAACAUAUGCCAUCAUACUCCUCCAGCGCAAGGUCGAUAAAAUGCGUAAGGAAACGGGCAACCAGACAUUGCGGUCCAAGCUCGAUAGUGGACUGUCGCCCACCGACUACUUCAAACGAGGCAUCUACCGGCCUCUGAAGCUGCUGACCAUCUCGCCCAUCUCCAUCUACUAUGGCUUCACUGCCGGAACCUCAGGCCUCUCUUUCCUCGGCAUGGGCGUUGGCUCCAUGUUCGGUCUUGUCUUCUUCUCCGUCUACUCCGACCGCUAUCUCAAAUCCAGGGCGGCCCGCGCCGAUGCCGCCGCCGAUGCCGCCAACCGUCCCCGUGAGGGCAUGAAGCCGGAGUAUCGACUCGUCACCCUCCCCUGGGGCGCCAUUUUCCUGACCAUCGGCCUCUUUUGGUACGGCUGGUCCGCCGACGAGGGCCGCACGCACUGGAUCGUGCCCAUCCUCGGCACCGCCGUCGCCGGCUUCGGCAACCUCCUCAUCUUCAUGUCGCUGCAGCUCUACCUCGUCGACGCCUUCUCCGUGUACGCCGCCAGCGCGCUCGCGGCCAACACGGUGGCUAGGUCGCUGGCCGGUGCGUUUCUGCCGCUGGCAGGACUGCCGAUGUACGAGGCGCUCGGGAUCGGGUGGGGGAACACCGUCUUGGGCAUCAUCUCGGCGGUCAUGAUCCCGGUGGCAUAUGCCAUUAUCAGGUAUGGGCAGCACUUGAGGCAGCGAUUCGAGGUGAAGAAUCUGUGA